GAGGCGGAUGGGGCAAAGAAGGGAGCGAUGGACAUAAACGAACAGAUAGUUCGAACGAAUGCCCUGUUAGUUGAAACACUCGGAAAAUUAUCGAGAGCUGAAGGCGAGAUACAAAGCUUACAGCAAGAAAAAGAAAAACUUGUUGACGACAAUGAGAAACUUCGUAAACGGAACAGUGGAGAAUGCAACACACUUACGAAAGAAAAUGCAGAUCUGGAGAAAGAAAGACAUCGUCUGCGUAGUCGAGUUGAGGAACUUGAAGAUGAGAUAGAUGGACUAAAAAAAAGAGUGAGAGAACUUGAGGAGAAAUGUUCUGCUACUGAUGCGAUCUAUAGCGGAAGUGACGAAGCAGGAGAACGUGACGAAACAUUGAUGAAGACAGAAGCAAGAAACUUUGUUUGGAAACCACGAAAAGGAAUCCAAGCUUCUUUUGUCUUUUGCUGCAUCGAAAUUUGUGAAAAAAGUGGAUAUGCUUACGGGUUUACACAUGAAUUGAGAACAGAAGAUCGUAUGAAAAAGAUUGACGUACCCCCAUGGUAUUGUCCGGGGGUGCUUUCUGAUAAAACACCUACAGCAGUGUUAUUAGAUCAAUCAAUGCAACUAAUUGAUUUUGGAUUGAUGGCCGAACACCGCUACGUCGAAAUGCUUGAGGAAGAAUGCGUUGAUUGUUUUCUCUUCCGGCUGAGACGGACCAGAAACGAAAAGAUAUUACAAAUGGUGUGUGCAUAUUUUAAAUCUUGUUAA